AUGGUAAUAAAUAUAAUAAAUACGUACAUAAAAAUUUCAUGGGACACUUACAACAUAGAAGCUGUUAGAAGAUUAGGUAUAAAGGGUAAAAAAGUUCGACCGAUAGUAAUUACAUUCAAUACUUUAGGUUUCAAAUUAAAUAUACAAAAAAACAAACAUAACCUUCAAAACACUUCCUAUUACUUAAAAGAAGACUACCCAUUCGAAGUCUUAAUUAAGCGUAAAGAGCUACAAGUCCAACUACAGAAAGAAAAAGAUGCAGGAAACACCGCUUUUAUAAAAUACGACAAAAUUAUUAUACUGACCAACAAAAACCCCCCACAGAAACAGUCAAGCAAAAGAAACCUAUCAGAGUCCCCGGAGAAGCUCCACCCUGUUAACCAAAAUGUUCAACAGACUAGUAAACAACCACUUAAGAAAAAUAAAGGGGACAUGAAGAACUAUAUAACACAAAAGCCCAAACUAAUCCUCGCUCAUACAGAAUCAACUCAACGCCAAUCGAAGACAUCAGACUACAACACAGAAUAG